AUGCCUGAAGCCAUUAUGCCCCAGAAGCGGGUUUUGGGUGACGCCACUAAUCAGAAUGCCUUCGAGUCUCCUACAAUGAAAAAGCGUAAGAUCGAUAAGCCACUACCAAAUCAAGUCAAGAAUCUGGCACAAAGCUCUCAACGAAAAGGGUUUGGCUCAAGCCAGCCGAAGAAAAGCCAGUUUGAAGAGGAGGUCUUGGAAAAAUUGACCCAGGAUAUUGGUGACCUGAAGGGGAGCAACGCCGAAAAGGAUCAGCAAUGGGAACGACCACCCCUCGGAAAAUGGGAUCCAAAGACAGAUAGCAUCUGCUUUCAGCAGAUUGAUGCCGAGGAAGGGAGACUGAGUGGGGACAAAAUGGCCGUCCGUCUCUUUGGUGUCACAGAGGCUGGACAAUCUGUUCUGCUACAUGUCACUGGAUUUCAACACUACCUGUAUAUCGCUGCCCCCGUCGGCUUUACCAAGGAAGACUGCGACCCUUACAGGGCGUUCCUGGAAUCCAAAUUAGCACAAAACGGCCGCAUCAUCGAAUCUGUCCAAGUCACAAUGCGCGAAAAUAUAUACGGAUUCCAAGGAAACCAGAAAAGCUGGUAUCUAAAAAUUACCGUUGUCGAUCCGAGAUCCAUCGCUAGGCUGCGCAGCGCACUCGAAACUGGAAGUGGAACCAUGAAUUAUAAGGGCUUAUGGAACAAUUCAGAUUCUGGAAUACUCACCUUUGACAAUAUCCAAUAUCUCCUGCGAUUUAUGAUUGAUACCGGCUUGGCCGGCAUGUCUUGGGUUGAGACAAAGGGAGGAAAAUACAAUCUGGUUCCGGAACAUGACAAGCAAUCAAAUUGUCAGAUCGAAGCUAUUGUCGACUACCGCGACAUGAUCGCCCACGCCCCGAACGGAGAAUGGGCUAAGAUGGCCCCACUUCGUGUCUUGUCUUUCGAUAUUGAAUGCGCUGGACGACAGGGUAUAUUCCCAGAACCCAAUGUGGAUCCGGUCAUUCAAAUUGCCAAUGUAGUGACCCGAUACGGAGAGUCAAAGCCUUUCAUUCGAAAUGUAUUUUGUCUUGACGAAACUAGUCUCAUUGUCAACACACAGGUCUUGGAGUUUCAGAAGGAAGACAAAAUGCUUAUGGCGUGGAAGGACUUUGUGCAGAAGGUUGAUCCUGAUGUUAUUAUUGGAUACAACAUUGCCAACUUCGACUUCCCUUACUUGCUAGACCGAGCGAAACACUUGAAGUGUACCAACUUUCCAUACUGGACCAGAUUGAAGGGUACCAAAACAGAGGCCAAGGAAGCCAAUUUCUCCAGUAAGCAGAUGGGCAACCGGGAAACCAAAGCGACAAACACGAACGGUAGAAUUCAGUUGGAUCUUCUUCAGCUUGUGCAGAGAGAUCACCAUCUGCGAAGUUAUACUCUGAAUUCUGUCUCUUAUGAGUUCCUACGAGAACAGAAAGAAGAUGUGCACCACACAAUGAUCACAGAGUUGUUUAACGGAACCCCAGACUCUCGACGACGACUGGCUGUGUACUGUUUGAAGGAUGCAUACCUUCCGCAAAGGUUGAUGGACAAGCUGAUGUGCCUGGUUAACUAUACGGAGAUGGCAAGAGUUACUGGUGUCCCAUUCAAUUUUCUCCUCUCACGAGGUCAGCAAGUCAAGUUUAUCAGUCAGCUGUUCCGAAAAGCUCUCGAGCAACAAUUGGUCAUUCCCAACCAGAAAUCUCAAGAUGAACAGGACUAUGAGGGUGCAACUGUCAUUGAACCGAAACGUGGAUACUACGGUGUGCCAAUUGCGACUCUUGAUUUCGCUUCUCUGUAUCCUUCAAUUAUCCAAGCACACAACCUUUGCUAUACUACCCUUCUUAACAAAAACAGCGUUGAGAAGCUUGGUCUCAAGAAAGACGAAGACUAUAUUGUGACGCCCAAUGGAGAUAUGUUCUGUACCGCCAAAGUUCGCAAGGGUCUUCUCUCUCAGAUUCUGGAGGAGCUGUUGGGAGCACGAAAGCGCGCGAAGAAGGAGCUUGCUGUCGAGACCGACAGCUUCAAAAAGGCAGUGCUGAACGGUCGACAGCUGGCCUUGAAGAUCAGUGCCAACAGUGUGUACGGUCUUACGGGUGCGACUGUCGGCAAACUACCUUGCCUUCCAAUCGCCAGUAGUACUACCAGCUACGGUCGUCAGAUGAUUGAGAAAACUAAGCACGAAGUCGAAGAACGCUACACGAUUGCUAACGGGUAUUCUCAUGAUGCCCAGGUCAUAUACGGUGACACUGAUUCAGUCAUGGUCAAAUUUGGAGUGAGCGAUCUGGAAGAAGCAAUGAAGCUCGGACAGGAGGCGGCAGAUUAUGUCUCAUCUAAAUUCUUGACACCCAUAAAGCUUGAGUUCGAGAAGGUUUACUUCCCUUACCUUCUCAUUAACAAGAAGCGGUAUGCCGGUCUUUACUGGACUAAUCCUAAGAAGCAUGAUAAGAUGGACACCAAAGGUAUUGAGACCGUGCGACGAGACAAUUGUCUGCUUGUGCAAAAUGUCAUCGAAACAAUUCUGAAUAAGAUUCUAAUCGAGCGAGAUCUUGAUGGAGCCCAAGAAUACGUCAAGUCGACUAUUUCUGAUCUCCUCCAGAACAAAGUCGAUAUGUCGAAGCUGGUCAUCACCAAAGCUCUAUCGCAAAAGGAAUAUGCCGGUAAACAAGCCCACGUCGAACUUGCUAAGCGCAUGACGAAGCGUGAUGCAGGCUCGGCCCCUGCCUUAGGUGAUCGUGUGGCCUAUGUUAUGAUCCGAGGUGCUGCAAAUUCAAAGGGCUACGAACGCGCGGAAGACCCGAUUUACGUUCUGGAGAACAACAUCCCGAUUGAUACCAAGUACUACCUCGAUAACCAGCUUGCCAACCCACUGGGCCGCAUCUUCGAGCCCAUCUUAGGUGAAAAGAAGGCCAACCAGCUGCUGACGGGUGAACACACUCGGUCAAUCUCAGUCGCCGCCCCCAGCCUUGGUGGAUUGAUGAAGUUCGCCAAGAAGACUGAAACGUGCAUGGGUUGCAAGAAGCCACUUUCUAGCAAGAAUGAGAUGGCAGGUGCGGUCUGCGAGAACUGUCGCCCUCGUCUCGGUGAAUUAUACUCCAAGUCUUUGCAGAAAGUUUCUGAGUUGGAAGUCCGCUUCGGCCGUCUGUGGACACAGUGCCAGCGUUGUCAAGGCAGCUUGCACUGUGAGGUUAUUUGCUCUUCCCGGGACUGUCCCAUCUUCUAUAUGCGUAUGAAAGCUAAGAAGGAUGUCGAGGACUCCCAGAAGGAGAUUUCUCGGUUUGAUUCUGAUGCUGGUGUAUGGUGA